CAUCCUGAGGAAACUCCGCACGGUUUUCCAGAGCAGCUACCACUUUAGAUUUCCACCACCAAGAAAGUGCAUGGUCAGUGUAUUCCCGGGUCAUACUGUUGCACACUCUAGCUUGAGAACCCCGGAUUAAAGUAAGGAUGCUGCCCCUCUCCGCAAACGCUGUUGUGACCGACAUUUAUGUGAGAAAUUAAUCUUGUUGGGGGAUGUUAUUCAACAGGUGAGCCGGCUCCUGAUUUUGGGAGGGGCCAACGUGAACUACAGGACAGAAGUGUUAAAUAAUGCCCCAAUCCUGUGCGUCCAGUCCCACCUCGGCCACGAGGAAGUGGUCACUCUGCUCCUGGAAUUUGGCGCCUGCCUGGAGGGAAUGUCCGAGAACGGCAUGACCGCCCUCUGCUAUGCUGCUGCUGCUGGCCAUAUGAAGCUGGUGUGUCUGCUGGCCAAGAAGGGGGCCAGGGUGGACCACUUGGAUAAGAAAGGCCAGUGUGCACUGGUGCACAGCGCACUGAGGGGCCACGGUGACAUUCUCCGGUACCUGCUGACCUGUGAGUGGUCGGCAGGCCCUCCCCAGCCGGGCGCACUGAGGAAGAGCCAAGCCCUGCAGCAGGCGCUGACGGCGGCCUCCAGCAUGGGCCAUAGCUCGGUGGUCCAGUGCUUGCUGGGGCUGGAGAAGGAACACGAAAUAGACGUCAAUGGCACUGAUGCGCUGUGGGGAGAAACAGGUAAUUAUGGUUCCCCUGCUUGUGGUCUGGGCUGGCUUUCUUGAUGGUUUAGCUCCCAUUUUGGCCUAAAUUGUUUUAAAAAUGACUUGGGAUGCACGUAGUCCUAUUAUUUUAUCACAAGGCAUUUGAAGUGUAGAGCUUUUAAAACUUCCCA